UUAAAAAUGUUGAUUAUAAUUAUCGUGUUCAACGUUUACACGGUUCGCGUUCAAAUAUCGAUUUAUUCUUUUUAACUGUUCAUUUCACGCGCUAUAAAACAAUUUACCGAACCGCUGACUAUUCUAUCUACAAUAAUAAAUAAACUCUAACUUUUCUAUUUUUUCCUGAUCUAUAGUACUGAUUUUCCAAGAAUUUCAGUACAAUGCACAUUAUUAUGAAUAGUAUUGAAAGAAACAUAGCCUAUGAAGUAUAACACACCUAGUAUAAUUCAUCCGUUUAUCAUUAUAAUUAAUCGAAUUAAUACCUAUUAUGUUUUUAACUAUGCGGAAAGAAAUAAAAUAAAUAAAUGCAUCUGUAACCCAACGUUAAAUCACUGAUGAUUAUAAUCAUGAACACGGAUUAAUAUUUUACGACUAUAAAUUACCUAGAAAUAAUAAAAUCGAGUACGAGAGAAUCUACUGUAUGAAGACGGUGCAUGUGCACGUUCUCCCACCUAAUAUCGUAUGCUAUAAAACAGUACUCGAGUUUCGUAUUUAAAUAGAUUCGAUACUUAAAAGUCCUGUAAAAGUCCAUUAUAAGAACAUCGCAAUCGUAAACAAAGCGCCCAAAACAGAGGUUGUUCGACGUGAAAAAGAGCGCGUGUAAGAAGUCUAAGUAUCGAAUCCAUUAAACUUGAUGAAACUCCAAAUAUUCCUUCGAAAAUAUACAUGAACAUAUAUAUAUAUAUAUAUAUAUUUAUGUAUACCUGUGUAUAUACAUUAAGUGCGUGUGUGUGGGUGUACGAAAGACGGUUCCGGGAGUCGGGAAAACUUCGCAAAGUCGUAUCCGAGGUGAAGCACGCGUAUUAAUAUUCGUCUUGAAAACUUUUGCGCGCGACAACGGCAUCCUAUCGCAUCGCGCGAGCUUUGACGGAACGAAAACAGUUUUAAUCUUCGGCUCAAUCCCGGCGUUUUUCGAUCGAAAAACAAACAAUAACAACAAAAGUAUAAAUACAUGAACAAAUACACUGCAGCGCGCGCGCACACUUGUAUCGUACACGUGUAUACGGUGAUACUACGUACUUUAGGGGGUGAGCGGGCGGACGAGAGCGCGUCCCUGUUCGCACUCGUUGAAGUAUUAAUCCAAGUCCCCCGCGACUGAUUCACCCUCAUCGCGCCGCGUGUUUAUACACGUACAUGUACCGAAAGUUACCGAUCGUACAUAUAUAUAUAUCAUUUCAUCGUCAGACGUGUAUUAUCGCGAGAGGAAAAACAACACUCGACGUCCGCACGAUACGCGCUCGUAAUCGUUAUACGGUCGUGGCGCCGAUGUGAUCGUCCAACGAGUCGUGCGGUGCUGUGGCGGAACGCACCCCGUACGGCGGUAUUCGGCAGCGAAAUUGAAAGGGAUAAAGUUUGCGGGAUGGUACUCCGUCGGGAGCGAUGGCAACUGCGAACUACGCGUGUGCACUCGGUAUUCGACACUCUAUUCGAUCCACGUGUGUAUACAGGACUACAAGCCGACAGCGUUCAUGGCACAGGGGUGGCGUCUUCCCGCAAUACUUCGGAAAUAUGGGCGUUAGCGGUGGCCAGAUGUCCAGAUGAGAAAAACAAUGACUUCGGAAAUGGAAAGUCUGUGUGUGUGUGUCUGUAUGUCCUGCCUCAAGAGGGAUAUCGGCAGCUAAGGGCGAAGAAUAAGGAAGAGGACGACGACAACGACGACAUUGGGGAAAAAACAUACUUUUACAUAUUAUAUAUAUUACAAAUCGCUUUUAAUUUCACGGUCCUUAGAGGAAAUCAAUUUUUGUUGCACGCAUGUUGGAUGGAGGUGGUGGAGAUGGGCAAUGAAGGGAUGGCUGACAGAUGCCGUUUCGUUGCGCGAAUUAUAUUGGCACUGCACACACGCAUUCGCGACAAAUGUGCGCAACACUCUGCCAACAAAAUAUUUUUUCCGAUCGAAGAUUUAUUGUUGUUUUUAUUGUAAUUCUCACAUACAUAUAUAUUAUAUGUAUAUACAUAUGUUGGAGUCUAUGUAUAAACCCUAUGCAUGAAAAGUUACGAGGAACGAAAUAAGCAAAAAAAAAAAAAAAAAAAAUAAUAAAGAAUUAACAAUAAUAAUACACAUGUAUCAUAAUCCGCAUCCGGGUCAGAACCGAAUGGGUCGUACACAUUAGGACAGUUUGUAAUUUCAAAUUUUUUGCCAUAUUAUUUGUAUUGUGAUACACAAAGGAGAACCCUUAUUCUUCUAUUCAUCUAUUGUAUCGGUAUAGAGAUUUCGAUAUCUUAACAUUUUUUAUUUCC